AUGCAGCAACGAUCUUCAACCUCAAACUCGCGAUGUUCCAUCGAAGAUCACAGAGCCAUCAACAUCGGCGCUGAACAGCAACAAAGCACAAAACGGAGAAGGACCGCCGACGAUGAUUCGCUCGACGUACUUCCGGUUUAUCACGUACGCACCGUCACCGGAAGGAGAGAUGUUUCUCGGCCACGAUCGCCGCCGGCGGAUAAGAUGAUUCACGCUAUUCCCUUGCUUGUAUUGCUAUGUCUCUUCACUCUAUGGUGGUUCUCUUUUCCAGUAGAUCUGGAGGUCAAGGAUGGUAGGAUUACGACCAUACGACAAAUGGAUAUACCGAUUUCAAACGAUCAUACUCGAUUUGAUCUUACGAUACUCACUGUUGCUGCAUCGCCACCAAUUGCUUCAAUUCAUCAAGAUCUUUCAGGUGAGGAUGAAAUGUACUUGCCUCCGUCGAAUUCGCCAACUGAAGAGCCUUUUUCUUUGGUAAAGGAAAAAAACGAUUGA